GCUAGCGUACCAAUUCAAAUACAUAGAAAUGAUAGAAUGACAGAUUACAGAUUUCAUGAGCCUUGUCGUUUUGCUAGAAGCAAAUUGCCAGCAAGCUAAAGUACUUGCAUCGAAUCAAACAUGUUGGCCCAAGUCAUCUCUUCCCAAAACAUUCCACCAAGCUGCCAAAGAUUCAAAUUGGCUCCAAGCUAUGCAUGAAGAGAUCAAUGCCCUUCAUCAGACUAACACUUGGUCUUUGGUCCCUUACCAACCUCAUAUGAACUUAAUUGGAUGCAAAUGUGGGAGCUAGUUGUAGCCGCAAGUCGUCGCUCAAGGGUCACUCACAGAGACUGAGCUGUCGUUGUGCCCACUUGGAAUGGAAGAACAGCAUCAGAGAGGGUAGCAGUCAACCAUAUUCGACAGGUUAUCCUUAUCCGGAGCUUGUCUUGUUGAGCAUGCUUUGGUUUUUAUUGUUUUUGACACUUCAGCAGCUGACUGGUUUGGUGAUUCAUCUUCUACUUUUCCCAGGUAGAAUCUGAGUGCAUUAGCAACCACAGUAGGAAGAGGUGAAGCAGCAGAGCCCCUUGGAAGUUGGAAUGGAUUUGGCUGCAGAGAUAGGAAGAAGUGUGAGGACUUCUUUUCAUCAGCAUGCAUCAAGUUUCAGGAGCACUUCAGAUGUCAGGUCCAUGAAAGAGAAUGAUGACGAUGAAGUUGAGUUGCGGUGGGCUGCCAUUGAAAGAUUGCCCACAUUUGAACGUAUUCGAACUUCACUCUUCGGUUGUAACAAGGAGGACGAUGAUCAUGAAGGUAAGAGUAAGAGGGUAGUUGAUGUUACAAAGCUAGAAGCCCUGGAACGUCGUGUGUUCAUUGAUAAACUUCUCAAGCAAAUAGAAGGAGAUAAUCAAUGCCUCUUACAGAAACUCAAAGAAAGAAUAGACAGAGUGGGACUGCAAAUGCCGACUGUGGAAGUACGAUACAAAAAUUUGUUUGUAGAAGCAGAAUGUGAAGUAGUUCAAGGAAAGCCCCUCCCAACACUAUGGAACACGCUCAAAAGCUUUCUCUCUGUCACGACACAGAUAAUUGGAUGCAAGUCUGAAGCAUACAAUCUAGAAAUUCUCAAAGAUGUCAGUGGCAUCAUCAAGCCUUCAAGGAUGACUCUAUUGCUUGGUCCUCCAGGCUGUGGAAAAACUACCUUAUUACAGGCACUUGCAGGAAAACUUAACCACCCUCUCAAGGUUCAAGGAGAAAUAACCUACAAUGGUUAUAAGCUCAAUGAGUUUGUUCCUCAGAAGACAUCAGCUUACAUAAGUCAAUAUGACUUGCAUAUAUCUGAGAUGACUGUGAGGGAAACACUGGAUUUCUCAUCUCGUUGCCAGGGCAUUGGAAGCAGAGCUGAUAUUAUGAAAGAAGUUGCUAGAAGGGAGAAGCAAGCUGGUAUUGUCCCAGAACCAGAUAUUGACACUUAUAUGAAGGCCAUUUCAAUUGAAGGGUUGAAAAAAUCUCUAAUGACAGACUAUAUAAUAAAGAUCCUUGGGCUGGACAUUUGUGCUGAGACAAUCACAGGGGACCCAAUGCAAAGAGGAAUUUCGGGUGGUCAAAAGAAAAGGCUAACAACAGGUGAGAUGAUGAUUGGCUCAGCAAGAGCUUUCUUCAUGGAUGAGAUAUCAACAGGACUAGACAGCUCCACUACAUUUCAGAUUGUAACUUGUCUGCAGCAAUUGACUCACGUAACAGAAUCGUCCAUUUUGGUUUCACUUCUUCAGCCAACGCCAGAGACCUUUCAUCUGUUUGAUGACAUUAUCUUGAUGGCUGAAGGAAAAGUUGUAUACCAUGGGCCUAGUGACAAUGUUGUGGAGUUCUUUCAGAAGUGUGGUUUCCUUAGCCCACCACGAAAAGGCAUUUCUGACUUCCUCCAAGAGGUGGUUUCUCAAAAGGAUCAAGCAAAGUACUGGUGCCAUAAAGACCAACCCUACAGUUAUGUUAGUGUUGAUGAGUUCGUAAGUAUGUUUAAGGACUUCCAUGUCGGAAAGAAGCUUGAAGAGGAACUUUCCAAGCCUUUUGAGCAAUCAGAGUGCCAUAAGCAUGCUUUGUCAUACAACAUUUACUCACUGAGAAAAUGGGAACUAUUCAAAGCAUGCCUUUCUAGAGAAUGGCUUCUCAUGAAGCGAAACUCUUUUGUUCAUGUAUUCCAAUCAGUACAGCUUGUGGUCAUUGCACUAGUAACAAUGACAAUGUUUCUACGUACAUGGAUGAAAGUCAACGAGAUCUAUGCAAAGUACUACAUGAGUGCUUUGUUUUAUGCUCUAAUUAGAUUUCUAUGCAAUGCAAGUUCAGAGAUAUCAAUGACUUCCUCUAGACUUGCAGUCUUCUAUAAGCAAAGAGAUGUCUACUUUUACCCUGCAUGGGCUUAUUCUAUUCCGGCUGCCAUCCUGAAGAUUCCAUUUUCAUUGCUAGAUGCAUUUCUUUGGACAGCCCUUACUUAUUAUGUGAUUGGUUACAGUCCUGAACCUGAAAGGUUCUUCAGGCAAUUUAUUCUUCUGUUCCUCGUGCAUCAAGUAGCAAUAUCACUAUUUCGUUUGAUUGCAUCCUUGGUCCGAAAUCCUUCUGUUGCAGGAUCUGUCGGCCUUUUAUCUUUAAUAGUAAUGUUUCUAUUUGGAGGCUUCAUAAUUCCAAAAUCUUCUCUACCUGCAUGGUUGGAAUGGGGAUUUUGGGUUUCUCCAUUGGCCUUUGCAGAACUAGGUGUUUCAAUAAAUGAAUUUCAUGCUCCAAGGUGGCAAAAGGUUUUAUCUUCCAAUGUCACUAUUGGCCAGCAAGCUCUAAUUAAUCGUGGUCUAAACUUCAAUGAUUACUUCUAUUGGAUAUCCAUAGGAGCUUUAAUUGGAUUUUGGAUGGUUUUCAACCUGGGGUUCACAUGGACAUUGAGUUAUUCAAAGUCUCCAGGUAGUUCUCGGACUAUCAUUUCUCAUGAAAAAUUCUCCCGUCCGAAGAAAAAAGAAAUUUUAGAUAAUUGCGGUCAAGAAAGAGAAUUAACUAGUGUAGAUACUGAUAUAACUACUUCGGAAUCUACAAAUGCAGGCAUGGUGUUGCCUUUUGAGCCCAUUACUAUAUCAUUUGAGAAACUGCAAUACUUUAUUGAUACACCCCAGAAACUGAGAGAGCAAGGUUUCCCACCAAAUCGACUACAGCUUCUUCAAGAUAUAACUGGUGCAUUUAGACCUGGCGUUCUUACAGCACUGAUGGGUGUUAGUGGAGCAGGAAAGACAACACUGAUGGAUGUUCUUUCUGGAAGGAAAACUGGUGGACUUAUUGAAGGAGACAUUAGAAUUAGAGGACACCCAAAAGUCCAAGAAACAUAUGCCAGAAUAUCUGGGUAUUGCGAGCAAAGUGAUAUUCAUUCUCCAGAGCUUACAGUAGAAGAGUCAGUAGCAUACUCAGCUUGGUUACGCUUGCCAUCCCAGAUUGCUAGAAAUACUAGAGCUGAGUUUGUGAAAGAAGUACUUCAUAUGAUAGAGCUUGAUGAAAUCAAAGAUGAGUUAGUUGGCAUACCAGGUGGUAGUGGUAUAUCGACUGAACAGCGUAAAAGGCUAACAAUAGCAGUAGAGCUUGUUUCAAAUCCAUCCGUUAUAUUUAUGGAUGAACCCACAUCUGGUUUAGAUGCCAGAGCAGCUGCAAUAGUUAUGAGAGUUGUGAAAAACAUUGUCAGUACAAGAAGGACUGUUGUUUGCACUAUUCAUCAGCCAAGUAUUGACAUAUUUGAAGCAUUCGAUGAGCUUCUUUUGAUGAAAAGAGGAGGACAAGUAAUAUAUUGUGGAGAGCUGGGUCAAGAUUCAAGUAAGCUUAUCCAAUACUUUGAGGGUAUUUCUGGGGUUCCAAAAAUCAAAGAUAAUUACAACCCAGCAACAUGGAUGUUAGAAGUCACAAGUCCUUCUGCAGAAGCCAAACUUGCCUUAGAUUUUGCUCAGCUUUAUAGAGAAUCACAUCUAUGCCAGAAGAACAAUGACCUAGUUAGAGAACACAGCUUACCAGCACAAGGCUCAAAGGGAUUGGAUUUUCCUACUCGUUUCCCACAAAAUGGAUGGGAGCAAUUUAAAGCAUGUCUGUGGAAGCGACAUCUCUCCUACUGGAGAAAUCCAAAAUAUAACCUGGGGCGAUUGUUAAUCACUGCUGCAUCCUCUUUGAUAUUUGGAGCACUUCUUUGGCAGAAAGGACAGAAAAUAAAUGGUGAACAGGAGUUCUUCAGCAUUCUAGGAUCAAUAUUUAUUUUACAACAAAACAUGGGAAUUGGUAAUUGUUCCUCUGUUUUACCAUUUGUCGCUUCUGAGCGCAAUGUUGUAUAUCGAGAAAGGUUUGCUGGAAUGUACUCCUCAUGGGCAUAUUCUUUAUCACAGGUGAUCAUUGAACUUCCUUAUGUAUUCUUUCAAGCAGUUUUGUUUUCGACCAUUACAUAUCCAUCGAUUGGUUUCCACUGGUCACUUUACAAAGUAUUCUGGUAUGUGUAUGCUAUGUUUUUCACGCUGCUCUACUUCACUUACUUCGGUAUAUUGGUUGCUUCUGUGACCCCGACUUUCCAAGUAGCUUCAGUAUUAGCAAGUUUCUGCUACACCAUGCUCAAUCUGUUCUCGGGAUACCUAAUACCUCAACCAAACAUUCCUAAAUGGUGGGUUUGGGGCUACUAUAUUUGCCCUUUAUCGUGGUCCUUAAAAGGUAUUCUCACUUCACAGUACGGAGAUCUAAACACGGAAAUAGUACUCCGCGGGGAAGAAAAGACGAUCAGUGCCUUCUUAGACAGCAUCUAUGGAUACAACUAUGAUGAUCUAGGAAUUGUAGGAAUUUUUCUUCUUGCAUAUCCACUAGUUUUCGCAUUUGCGUUUGCACUUGCUACUGAAAAACUAAACUUCCAGAGGAGGUAAUCAUGUCUUCCACUUACUGAAGUUGAGUACAUGAACUUCCCUACAGUUCACUACACAGUCAUUGCUGUAAUAUACUUUCGAUCU